AUGGCACCAAAGCGAGGUGGAAAGGGUCCGGUGGUUGCCGGAAAGAAGAAACCGGAGAAGGUGACGAAUCCAUUGUUCGAGAAGAGGCCGAAGCAGUUUGGAAUUGGAGGGGCUUUGCCACCAAAGAGGGAUCUGAGCCGAUUCGUUAAGAUGCCCAAGAUGGUUCAGAUUCAGAGGAAGAAGAGAAUUCUCAAGAUGAGAUUGAAGGUUCCACCUACCUUGAACCAGUUCACCAAGACCCUUGACAAGAAUCUCGCAUCGAACUUGUUCAAGAUGCUUCUGAAGUACCGCCCUGAAGACAAAGCAGAAAAGAAGGAGCGCCUCUUGAAGAAGGCUCAGGCAGAGACUGAAGGAAAAACUGUUGAGGCUAAGAAGCCUAUUGUUGUGAAAUAUGGUCUCAACCAUGUAACCUAUCUCAUCGAGCAGAAAAAAGCACAGCUGGUUGUUAUCGCUCAUGAUGUGGACCCUAUCGAGUUGGUUGUAUGGCUACCAGCAUUGUGUAGGAAGAUGGAAAUCCCAUACUGCAUCGUGAAGGGAAAAUCUCGAUUGGGAGCAAUUGUCCACAAGAAGACUGCUGCUGUUUUGUGCUUGACCACGGUUAAGAAUGAAGACAAGUUGGAGUUCAGCAGAAUCUUGGAAGCUAUCAAGGCUAACUUCAAUGACAAGUACGAUGAGUACAGGAAGAAGUGGGGUGGUGGAAUCAUGGGUUCCAAAUCCCUAGCCAAGACCAAGGCCAAGGAGAGGGUCCUUGCCAAAGAAGCUGCCCAGAGGAUGACCUAG